CGCUUCUUCUUCCCCCCACCUCCAUCCUCUCACUGUGUGCAGCAAAUGCCGCCCACGCGCACCUCUGCUCUUGCCAAGCCAGGCAGCGGCAGCGGCAAGGCCGUGUCUGGCACAUCGAUGAGCGGCACGGCAGGCAGCUCGGGCUCGAGCUCGCGCUCAGGCGUGGCAGCAGCGGCAGCAGCAGCACCGGCGGCGGCGGGCAAGGGCAAGAGCAAGAAGCGCGAUGCCAUCGACGACAUCUUCGCCCGGCCUGCUGCGCACGCCUCGACUUCUGCCUCAGCUGCCGCUGCAGCAGCAACGUCGGCUGAGGCGCCGCGCAAGAAGAAGAAGAAGCAGAAGCAGAGCAGCGCCGCCGCCUCCGAUGGCGCCGCCGCAGCCGCCGGCGCUUCUUCUUCCUCUGCACCACCGCCUUCCUCCUCUGCCUCAGCUCCAUCAAAGCCUUCCUCAUCGCGCGCGCCAGUCGAGAUCAUCGAUCCCUCGCUCCCUUCCCCUCUGAACGCCGCACUGCCGCCUCAAGUGCUGAGCGCUGACGCAGACGACGCGGCAUUCGGCGACUCGCGAGGCACGCGCAAACGCACAGACGACAAUCUGCGCAUCUUUACCGAGGACGAGCUGGGCCUGACGAAGAAUCUGACGGGCGGAGGUGAGUGUGUCUUUGAACUGCCCCGGGCUGCAUCGAGAGAAGUAGAAGAGGAGCGCCAUGGGAGAAUAGGAAGAGGCUGAUCGUGUCUUCGUGCUCUCUUCACUCUCUACUCUCUCCCUCUCUCGCACGCAGGUACGACGCUUUGUCCCUUCGAUUGCGAUUGCUGCUUCUGAACGGCGGCAGUCUGGGACCAAAUUCGGGGCAGAGACGCAGCACGGAGCCGAAGAGGCAGAGGAUUGGAGGCACGAGAGGAA